GACGAGAGCUUCUCUAUUGCCUCUCCCUCCCCCUUUCAUUACCAACCACCAUUUUGUGAAUAAUAUUUCAAAAGAAAAAAUAUGUCUAUAGAACCACCGUCGACGGAUCACAUCCCAGUUGGAAAUGUAUCAGAUUACACACAAUACCUCAACCAAGUUGCAGACACGGUUGUUCAAGGAGGUACUGUAACAUUUGUCAGUCAAGAAGAUGGAGUUCCAAUUGGUUCAAAACAGACAGCAUCUGAUUUGUGUCAGGAAAUUUCACAUACCGUUGUCUUUGGGGAGAUUGCCACUAACCAUGCAGAAGUUACCAGUGUCUUCACUCCUUUGUUCUUUGAACAAACUCAACCAGUGCCUUCAGCUAAUGAAGUCAUUAGUGUCAAGCCUCCUGUUGGAAAAGGCCCCUAUCAAUGUAAAAGCUGUGAUAAAAACUUUCCCAAAUGGAAUCAGUUACAGCGUCAUAGCAAGACGCAUAAAGAAGACAAGCCAUACCGUUGCACACACUGUACCGAUUCCUUUAAUGUUGAAGACAAUUUAAAGCUUCACAUGGCCACACAUCCACAGAAUGAUGACCGGCAGCCAACAUGUCCUGAAUGUGGGAUAACAUUUACUCGGCUUGCCAGCUUCAAAGCUCAUAUCAUGCUACAUGUAAAAGAAGAAAGCCUCAUGUGUACAGAAUGUGGGGAUGAGUUCAGUCUUCAGAGUCAGUUGGACAAACAUAUGCAAGAACACAGAGAAGAACAUGGUAACAACCGUUCAUACACCUGUCGACAAUGUUCACAAGAAUUCGCCAAAAUCACUUUACUACGGGAACACAUGAAACAACACUAUCGCAUCAAAUCUUCACUCUCUCAUCGCUCAUACAAACGCAACAUCGAUAGGUCCAGUUUCAAUCAUAAAUGUGAUCAUUGUGGCAAAUCUUUUCAGAAGCCAAGUCAAGUAGAACGACAUAUUCGUAUUCACACAGGUGAACGACCAUUCAGAUGUUCGAUGUGUGAUAAAUCUUUCAAUCAGAAAGGUGCACUUCAAAUUCACAUGACCAAACACACUGGGGAAAGACCUCAUACCUGUGAAUUUUGUUCAGCAACUUUUUCUCAGAAAGGAAAUUUGCGAGCUCACAUACAGCGUGUCCAUUCUUUGUCUAAAGAUUCCGACAGUCCUAAUUUCCAGUGUGAAGAAUGUAGUUGUGUCUUCCGUAAACUUGGUAGUUUAAAUGCUCAUAUAAGUCGUUCUCAUUCUGAAACGGAAUUAGAUAGCAAAGAAAGUGUGCAACCUGGUGAUGAAAGUGAUAAAAUGUUCAGUGAAAUUCUUGAACAGUCUGUGCAGUCAAGCAACAAAGAAUUAGCUGGUCAGAAUGAACCAAUGAAUGCUGACAUUCUGCAACAGGCUCUUGAAAACAGUGGCCUUCCUAGUGUAAAUAUUACAGGUGAGCAAGAAACUAAUGAGGAGGUUGUUUCUAGCUCUGUUCAAGCUGCAACCACUACAACAACUCAAGCUUUGUUUACUACGACAGUGCAUGACGCAGCAACUGGUGCUCCCAAGAUGCAUACUAUUCGAAAGGUUAACGGUGUCCGUUGGCAUCAGUGCACAUACUGCACGAAAGAAUUUAAGAAACCAAGUGAUCUGGUGCGGCACAGUCGUAUUCAUACACAUGAGAAACCUUAUAAGUGCAACCAGUGUUUUCGCUCCUUUGCAGUGAAGAGUACGUUAACUGCUCACCUUAAAACUCACACAGGCGUUAAGGAAUACAAAUGUGAUUGGUGUAGUAAGAUGUUCUCUACUUUAGGCAGUCUUAGGGUGCAUUCUCGUUUACAUACAGGUGCCAAACCAUUUCAUUGCUCUCAAUGUGAUAAAAAAUUUCGUACACCUGCACAUCUGAAGAGUCAUACUAACUCACACAUUCGAGAAAAAGACAACACUUUGCCGCGUAAACCACGACGAACUGUGCGCAAGUCUUUGAAAUCAGACAUUCCACUGCCAGAUAUCCCUCUACAGGAACCAAUUCUAAUUACAGAUACAGGUCUCAUCCAACAGCCACCCAGAAGUAAUAUUUUUAACAACUACCUCACCGACAUGAACAGUUCCGACCGUCCAUAUAAGUGCACGUACUGUUCAAGGGGUUUCAAGAAAUCGAGUCAUCUCAAGCAACAUGUCAGAUCUCAUACAGGUGAAAAACCAUACCAGUGUAAGCAGUGUCAUCGGUCGUUUGUGUCUAGUGGCGUUCUCAAGUCUCACACGCGAACUCACACGGGGAUCAAGGCCUACAAGUGUCUAGUUUGUGAAAAUAAUUUUACCACCAGUGGCAGCCUGAAAAGACAUAUGUCAACACACACUGAAAUUAGGCCAUUCAUGUGUCCGUAUUGUCAGAAAACCUUUAAAACAUCUGUUAAUUGUAAGAAACACAUGAAAACCCACAGACAUGAACUAGCUAUGCAAGCGCUGCAGCAGGAUCAAACACUUCAAACCCAUCAAGUAGAAAACCAUGUGAUUGAAAAUGCCGAACCUGAGGACAAGACUGAUAAUACGUUAGUGACAAGUCAACCAGAUGACAGUUCUAUAACUGUUACACAACCAGCAACAUUGACUACUGCUGCGACACUUCAGAAUGGAACUGUCAGCUCUAGCCUUAGUGAUAUUAGCCAAAAUGAUCUGACCGCAACUAAUGCAGCUGUUUUAUCUCAAACAGCUAUUUCAGAAGCCUUAUUAGAACAGGUAUUUAAUGUUCAACAGAAUCUAUUAGGAAACCAGCAAAAUUUAUCUUUUAACCAAGGCUCAAUUACAUUACCUAGCUCGCAGCAGUUAACAAAUGUAAUAGACGUGAGUCCUUUAAACACAUCCUUUGCACCUACUCUGCCGACCACUUCUCUACAAAGCAUACUUCCAAGCAGAGAACCAAAACAGACUGCUGCUCAGAAACAACGCCAAGCUAAUAUGAUACGUGAAGUAGAAGAAGGAAAACGUUCUUACAAAUGUUCUUAUUGUGGUAAAGGUUUCAAGAAAUCGAGUCAUCUAAAGCAACAUGUUAGAUCACACACAGGAGAAAAACCUUUCAGUUGCCUACAGUGUAAUCGAAUGUUUGUAUCGAUGGGAGUGUUAAAAGCACACUCGAGGACUCAUACUGGUAUCAAAGAUUACAACUGUCAAAUAUGUCAUGCGGCUUUCACCACUAAUGGGUCUCUCACACGGCAUAUGAUGAUACAUAAUACUGUGAACUCAUACAAAUGCGUCUAUUGUUCUGAAAUGUUCCGCACAGUCAUGCUUUGGCGGAAACACUUACGUAUGCAUAAAGAAGCUCAGAGUGAUGAUGACGAAGGGGAAUAUUCAGAUGGAGUAAGAAAAACCAAGUUUCCUAUUAUUGAGAUAACUGAAGAACAACUUUCCAAGGCUGAUGUUUGUGAGGAAAUGACUGUGUCGGAACGUAUUCUCAUAGAGUCUGCAAGUGAGAAAGAUCGAAUUAGUGAAAUAAAACAAACUCAGGAGAAGCACAUAGAAUUGGAGAGUCUUCCGAAACAUCGACAUGAGUGCAACAAAUGUCCAAAGAGCUUUAAGAAACCAAGUGACUUGAUAAGAAUAAAUUUUUAUUUGUUACUGUUCUUUUCCUCUGUAUUGUAUUUAAAUAAUUUAAUCCUUUUUUUUUGUAUUUUAAUUUUAGGAGAGAAGCAGUUCAAGUGCCACAUUUGUGUAUCACCAUUUUCUACAAAGGGCAGUCUGAAAGUCCACAUGCGUUUACAUACUGGUGCUAAGCCUUUCAAAUGUCCAUAUUGUGAUCAACAAUUCCGAACAUCUGGGCACCGUAAGAGUCACAUGACGUCCCAUCUGAAGUCGGAUACUCCCAAGAAGCGCAAAAUUAACUUCAAAACAAACGUCCCUUCAGAACUGGCAACGCUUUCAGUUGUUCAGCCUCAGACAGGUGAACAGGAAUUACAAGAACAAGAACAAGAAGAAGAACAACAACAACUGCAGCAACAACAAGUGCAACAGCAACAGCAACAACAGCUGCAGCAGCAACAACAAGAACAACAACAACUGCAACAGCAAUUGCCGCCUCCGCCGCCUCCACCACCACCACCACCACCAUCACAGCAACAACAACCACCACCACCACCACCACCACCACCACAACCACAACCACAACAACAACAACAACAUGAGGUGGUUUCGGUCAUAGCAAAAGAAACAGGAUUGGUCGAUACAAAUACGUCUUCAACGAGUGAAAGUUCACAACAAAUUGUUAACUUGGAUCAGUUACUCCUCCAGAACCAGACCAAUUUGCUUCCAGUGUCUCUGGCUGUUGCUGGUAACGAGCAUUUAGUCAGCAACAUUACUAUUCCUACAGGAAACGGAGCUGUAGCACCAGCUGCACAAACUACUGGCAACCAACUUUCUGAAACUGCAUUAGCAGCGCACGUUCUUCAAGGUCUUGAAAGCUUCCAGUUUCAGUUGUCUGGAAACUUGGGACAAAGUAUCCAGGUUAUGGGCCUCGAUCCAAGUUUGAUGUCUCAGACUAUCCACAUUGACGAUGCUCUUUUGCAACAGUUGCAACAAGGCAGCCUCAAUUUAACUUUGGCUCCAAACUUCGUCAGCAGUCCACCAGCCCAGAUACAACUACAAACACCAAAUACACAAAACAUCAUGGCUUCUGUUAACCAAGACCUAACUUCAAAUGUUGUCACGACUGCAAGUGGUACAUCAACACAGAUAUUGCCAAACACUAUUCAGAUUCAUCCAGUCAAUAUGCAAGACUCUAUCAUCAUGCAGCCAAUGCCAGCUAUCACUGUCACUCAGAACCAAGCAAUUACAGAGACAGCUCCCGCGCAGACUACUCAGACGGCUGUUGUGAUGAAUGGAGGAACUGAUGUGGAAUUAAGCACUCAACAUGGUUUCAUUGUGACUGAACCUGAAGAUGCACAGAUUGCUGUUGAUGGCGUCGGAGGAGUUGACAGAGAUGACCAGGAUGAUGGCUCAAAUGUUAUUGGCACUGAUGCGGACAACUUAGAAGAAGUGCAUGAUGCUGCAACAGCGAUGAUGCAAAAUAGCAGUGUUGAUAACAUUGAAUGUGAUCCAAAUCCAUGUGUUGAAUUGGGCAAAGAGAAGGAAAACCAUAUCUGCCAUUUGUGUCAGAAGAAUUUUAAGCUGCAGGUCAAUCUCAAAGAACACUUGCUCAACGUACACAACAGUUCCUUGUUGAAUCAAAAGAAACUGAAACGAACACCUCAUGCUUGUUCGGCUUGUGGGAAAGCUUUUCAGAAACCCAGCCAGUUGGAACGUCACAUACGUAUACAUACAGGUAAUUUAGAUAUAUUAUUAGUUUAAAAAAUUUUUUUAAUUCUUUCUCCCUCACCUUUCUCUUCAUAGAACUAUUGGCAUUUUUGGGUGCUGUUCUACUGUCUGAAAAGGGUCAGAUAUAUAUAUGUA